GGAAGCAGAACCAUGUCCACUAGACCACCACUUAGUGGGCCGGAACCCAAUGGCCCAAUAUUAUUCCCACGUUCCGCUGAACCGGCGAUUUAAACCGAAAUCCGGAGGCCUUCAGCUGCUUUCACUUCUUCCUUUUUUUGUCCUCGAGCUUUCAUCAAUGGCGUCUGAGAACAACUCGAAGGCGAACAAAAAGAACAGGCAACGCUAUCUUCCCCACAACAAGCCAGUUAAGAAGGGAUCUUAUCCGUUGCGUCCAGGAGUUCAAGGAUUUUACAUCACUUGCGACGGCGGGAAGGAACGGGAAGCCUCUCAUGAAGCUCUUGAUGUUCUUGAUUCUUUUUAUGAAGAGCUGCUGCCUGGAACAAAAUCAAAAGAUGAAGAUACAAAUGCUCCAAAGCAGUUGUUGAAUAAGAAAAUUGUGUUCACAUAUUCUGAUUCCUCUAGUAGUGAUGAGGAAGAUGAAGAAGGAAAUGAAGGCAAAGAAAAUGGACAAGAUCAAGAAGAUGCAAACAAUAACACCCAAAAGAGUGAAGACCAACAAGAAAAAGUUGAGGGAAUUGAAAAUGGUGAGCUAACAGAAAGUCACGAAAAUGAAACAGAUGAAGUUGAGGAACCACCUGCAAAGAAACAAUGUGUGGAAACCGUAAAAGCAGAACCGUCGUCUACUUCUGCUUCCAAUAAGGUAGAACAAUCCGUUGACCGACGAAUUGAAGCUGAGCUGGCUGAGUUGGGAGAUAAGAGCAAGAGACGUUUUAGCUACCUUGAUUCGGGUUGCAAUGGUGUUGUAUUUGUCCAAAUGCGAGUUAGAGAUGGAGAUCCAAGUCCAAGGGAAAUUGUCCAUCAUAUGGUAUCCUCUCUUGCCUCAACAAAGAAGCAUGUUUCAAGGUUCAUGUUGAGACUAUUGCCGAUUGAAGCUGCAUGUUACACAUCAGAUGAGGAAAUCAAGAAAGCCAUCAAACCUCUCAUUGAAAAAUACUUCCCAUCUGAAACUCAGAAUCCACUUAAGUUUGCAGUGCUUUACGAAGCCCGUGCUAAUUCUGGAAUCAACAGAUCAAAAAUUAUUGACACAGUUGCCAAAUCUGUCCCUCAACCUCACAAAGUUGAUCUCACCAACCCAGAUUUGCACAUUGUUGUUCAAAUUGUGAAGACGGUUUGCUUGAUUGGGGUGGUUGAGAAAUACAAGGAAUUUGCCAAGUACAAUAUAAGACAGUUGACAUCUUCCAAGUGAGAAAACCUAUGAAGAGAGGCAUGAGCAGCUUAACACACUUCUGCUGUUUUGCAAAUGUUUUGUCAAAGGUUCUUAAUGUUUGGAAUACUUUAGUUUCUCUAUCCUCUUGUACCUUGUUAAAAACAUACUCCCUAAUUUAUUUUUCAAGGUUAGUUUUAAUGGAGUUUUCUUAAUAAUUGAAUAUUGUUUUU